GAGAGGGAAAGGCAGAGACAGAGAGUCCACGGUCACGUGUGCUGAGACGGAGCUGUCCAUGAGAAGCUGCCUUUCAGGAGCAGGAACCUUUCUGAAAGCUCCACACAGAUGGACACUUGAUUUUCAGUUGGAUUUAGAAAUACUGAUUGUUCUUUCAAUUCUGUUUUCAUUUGUGUGAAGAGUUUGUGAAGGUUUUGUGUUGAGAAGACGGGGAGCGAUGGCCUUCAUGGUGAAACACAUGAUCGGGGGACAGCUGAAGGAUCUGACCGGGGGUCUGGCAGAAGAGAAGGCUGAAGGGGAGAAGUCCGAGGCGGCGGCUAAGGGCAUGACACAGGAGGAGUUCGAGGAGUAUCAGCAGCAGCUGGCUGAGGAAAAGAUCGAGCGAGAAGCCGGCUUUGCCCAGAAGAAAGCGGAGAGAGCUACAGUCCGGACACACUUCAGGGAAAAAUACAGGCUUCCCAAGAGUGAGCUGGAUGAAACACAGAUCGAGGCAGCAGGCAAGAAUGUGGAGCUGCCCUCGGAGCUGGCCAAGAUGAUCGCAGAGGACAACCAAGAGGAAGAGCACAAACAGUCUGUCCUGGGUCAGCUCAGCAGCUUACAGGACGUUGAUAUCGACCAGCUGAAGGACAGAGCGCAGGCCACAUUCGGGGACCUGAAAGAGUCAGCAGAAAAAUGUGAAGUCAUGUGAUCGAGCUCGUAUACGCAGUAAACCUCAGGAUGAGAGCUCGUCUGAGAUAUUUAUAUUAGCUCUUAUAAUAACAAUAAUAAUAAUCACUUAUUUAAGCACAUUCCCUAGACUUAGUCUAUGCAAAUAUCCCAUACAAUAUUAAUAAAUGUUAUUUACCAAGGGACAUUUGGGUAUAAUUGGUAAAGUAUUCGUUCACGUAGGGUAAAUAUUGGUAAAGUAGGACGCUUAGAAUCUUUGAGUAGUUGAACAUUACUGAUCAGAAGGUUUUUUCAGAUCAUCUGUGACAUGUAAAAGGAUAAACGUUUAAAGCUGUUUAUGUAUGAGGUCAUCUAUGUGGGCGUGACCCAGCCAACUUCAAAAGCAGCACUACAGGAAACAAUGGUACAGUAAGUGAAAUGAUGCAACACUUUGAAGUAAAUAAUGUUACGAGUAUAUAAAGUUAAAGUUUGAUUUAUACAUAUGAACGGAUGUUUGUGAUUUGUAUCUGAAAGUAAAUAAAAAAAGGAAUUUUAUUAUUUUUUAUUAAAAUAAUUUUUGUUAAAGAUACAUU